UGAAACAGGCCGGAUGCCGUGCGACGCCAGGCUUUCUAAUGAUACCCUCGGCAGUGAACAAAUGGUCGAAGCACAUCCUCAUGGGCAUUCCGCUACUCUUCCUCGCGCCCAUGGUCUAUUUUGGCAGCAAGGCGUCACUUUGCGCCUACGUGAUGCUCUGGAUGGCCAUGUACUGGCUGUCAGCUGUACUUCCCCUUCCGGUGACGUCAAUGAUGCCUCUUGUUCUCUUUCCGCUACUCGACAUUCUCUCCACCGAGGAAACGGCCACCGCAUACUUCGACGAAGUCGGAGCGAUGGUGUUCGCCUCCGUGCUGUUCGCCGUAGCGCUGGAGAAGACCGGCCUAGCGACGCGGGUCGCCCUGCGCAUGUUGUACGUCGUGGGCGCCAGCUUUUCCAGCCUGCUGUUCAUGUUCAUGGUGUUCACCGCACUGCUGUCGAUGCUGUUUUCCAACACCGCCACCACUGCCAUCGUAGCUCCCGUGGUUGCGGCGCUGAUCGAACAAAUGAAAUGCCAGACAAUAAUCAAGAGACACUUGAGUACUCCCACCGGAUCACCACGUGUUAGUGCUUCGCGCAGUGUCGCCGAAGUCUACAGGAAAGCUGAAGCAAGGUUGCAGGCUAGUAUCAUUGGGCUUGGGGACGAGUCCUUGAGAGAACUGCGCCGAGAGAUCAUGGUUUCCGUGGCCUACGCGUCCAGCAUCGGUGGCACGGGUACCCUGGCGGGUACGCCGGGAAACAUCAUAAUGAAGCAGCUGUACAAAAAUAGGUUCCCCGGUGCUCCUAGCUUAACACCAGCGACAUGGAUGUUGGCCAACGUGCCAACGAUGCUCGCCUGCUUGCUUGGAGCUUGGUUAUGCUCCUAUCGGCGACUGAAACAUAUAUUGUGCGACAAGGCAGAUUAUUUAAAGACGACGCAGGAAAAGACACGGCGCGAGGUCGAACGCCGCAACCAGGAACUGGGCAGGAUCGGACGUGGCGAGCUCGCCGUAAUGCUGCUGCUCGUGCUGCUGGUCUACCUCUGGUUCUUCAAAUCCCGCGAUUCCAUCGUGGGCUGGAUGCAGCUUCUUCCCUUAGACGCCAAACCCAGUGCGAGCACAACAUUGCUGAUGGUGGUGUUGCCCUUGUUCGUUAUUCCUCGCACCCGACAGCGUUCUGCCCGGUACAACCCGCUGCGUCCGUACGACCCUAUAUUGUCGUGGCACGAGAUCAGUUCCAUGUGCCACUGGAACCUCAUGUUUCUCAUCUCUGGGAGCCUGACGUUUUCCAAGGCGUCGCGGGCAUCUGGACUAUCUGAGGUCAUACUGCACUGGCUUGACAACCUCGAGGGCCUCGACCAACCUUUGAUAGUGGCUAUUCUGUCUCUGAUGGCGGCAACAGUCACCGAAUUCUUCAGCAAUUCGGCUGUCGCAUCAAUGCUGAUACCUAUUGUUCUGGAAACAGCCGUGAAGUUCAGAAUGCACCCGAUGUCAUUGGCGAUGCCCGUGACGCUGUCGUGCUCGUUUUCCUUCAUGCUACCGGCGUCCACACCACCCAACGCGCUCGUCUACGACAUGGCAAGCAUGGGUGUCCGCGACAUGAUCUGGCCCGGGUUUCAGCUGACCGUCAUCUGCGUCAGCAUCACCAUACUGCUGACGAGCACCCUCGGUCAUCUCGUGCUCGACGUGGGAGAAUUUCCGGAGUGGGCUGCGGACAAUGUGACCAACAUUUCGCAGCUGGAAGUUUAGCGCGUUUCGCGACCAGCUGCGCAAACCGCCUUGCGUCGGUGCCAGCUACACUGUCCCGACAAGGAAGUGACGACGCGUUAUUGAUAGGAAAGUAUAGUCACCAGCCAGGCCUCAUCAAUGUUGUCGAUCUACUUAAACCGAUUGUUUCAAUAUGGGAAGUCACGAACCGAAGCUACUGCUGGAAACACAGCUACUGACUGCACCAAAAUAUUGUGAUAGAAAGCGAUAGACUGGGCUCCUACGAAGGCAGGGCCCCAACGUACUUCAAUGGUUGUUAACUUUUUCGUCCGUACACAGUGAGUAAAUAAGAAGAUAGUCUACUAUUCCCAGCCAGAUGGCAACUUUUCGUGGGCAAUGUUGUUUCGGAGGCUUCCAUUGCCUCUGUUCUAUAAAAACUGCCACGAACUGCAGAGGUAACCAAUCGCGUCAUUUUUUUUUUGUUGUUGUUGGCCGUGACAGCUUUGGACAGUUUCUUAUUCGAAAAGUACUGGGGAGGUAUUCUGCAAGAGUCCGCCUAGUAGACUGUCCGUUUCGGCCGCUGCUGAUUGGAUGCAAGUGUACUAUCGAGGAGGAGACGAGCGGCCCUAGCCAAUCAGCAGUGGCCGAAAUGGACAGUCCACUAGGUGGACUCUUACAGAAUACCCCCCUGCAGUGCCAAUCGAUGUAUGCAAUAUGUGGUAUCAUUUGUCAUUAUAGAUCUUGGAUGCCAAAGAUUGCCAGAAAUCACGGCCAGGCUGAAACCACUGUUACCCAUGGGUAAUGGUACCACGAUUAUACGAAUACCCACGUUCGCCUAGGUUUUCGUAUAAAGUCGCUACAAUAUCUACAGGAUUCUCACUAAGACGCUCCGUCCAACACCAUAAAUAUACGUCGUAAAGGAGCCAGCAGCAUUCGCUUGCGCCGUCCUUUUCUCACUUUUUUUAUUGCGUUGCGUGUUGACCAUUUCGUCGGGCUAGGAGGAAAGGCUGCGCGGUGAGCCUUUCCUACUUUGGCUUGUGCGAGCCGGCGUGGUGCUGCUCGAAUAUGUUGUGCUCGCGUGGUGCGGAAGCAUUUGGAGAUGUUUCGGGUUGUUUUCCACGAAACUUGCGCAAUGUCAACUGAUACGAGGUCGUAGUAGCACCAUUGUGUAGCCGUUCGGUGCGGCAGUAACUAUAGCAUGCAUGAACUUCUCUUGCCUUAGCAGACAAACCGGCCCUUGCAGUCGAUAUACACUUUGUACAGAGAGCCGCCAAUUUUCCAAGUGUUAUGUCUCUUCUACCUUUGAUUAAAUCGA